CAGACGACAUCAAAAUGGCUUUGUGAAGGCAAUUAAAGUAUAUGAAAAAACAACAUAUCAAAGUAAAAGAUAAAUUACUAAAAAGAAGACAUGGCGUGAUCAAAAAUGAAGUCCAGCCUCCUUAACUAACAAUCGUUCCUAAGCACCGUGACUUCAUAAAUUUUAAUAUCUCAAUGCGACAUGGGGAAAAAUAUAAGAAAUCUUUAAAGUACUGCGUGUUUUACGUGUAGAUCGUUGUGUUUUUUCAAAUAGUCCUUGAAAUGAAGACUUUUUUGACUCUUGUGUGGACAUAACUGUCAUUUACGCAUGGACAAUCGUGAGAUUUGACGCCUGAAGUGUCAUCGUCGCACCGUCAAUUUAAUGGUACCUGUAUUAACUUUAUAAGCGCGUCGAUUCCCCACAUUAAAAUGGGAUGUUUUGGUUCAAGACAUGAGCGAAACGACGUAAACUUAGACGAAGGAUCCUAUGAACCGUUACUGGACGAGGAAGACGAAGCGAGGUCAACCGCAACUACAAGAAACACGUCGAGAAACGAAACAAAAAACGUAAACAGUUUGGAGACAUUGCUGAUGAAGCUGAAUCACUCUCUGAACUGGAGGAAUGUGUAUGUUGACUUAGACGACAAACCUAGUAUCGCCGAACUUAGGACCAAGCUACAUGAACUUUUGAAUUCAGCAUCAGUCGAGAUGGGAUUUUUGAUUCAAAACAAGAGAUAUUUUGAAGCAGAAGAUGUUGUGGAUGCCAUUUUGAAAGUCAAAAGUUCGCUUGGCAAUGAUCUAUUCGAAGCUGUUAAAAUCCCUGCUUUUGUAAGGGAAGUUUCAACAUUUGAUAACUUUGUUUUAACCGGAGGACAGUAUUUUGAGCCCAUGAUGGUCAAUGAAGAUGACGAUAAUCUGCUAAAAGUGUUCUUUUUUCUCAUCAGUGAUCCUCAAACGCGACAGACAAUGUUCCGUUACUACGUUGAAUACUCGAGUUUGAUCGACGAAUUCUUUGCUUUAAGACUUGUUACUUCCACAGAGCAACUUCGAGUUGAAAUGUACGGUAGUUCUUGCCCUUCUUACUGGGAUCUAAGACAGGAUGUGAUCAGAAACGCACGAAAACAACUCGAAGAAUUCGAGGAAGAUUUUAGAUAAACUUUAAAUGAAGGCUGAUCAAAUUACGCAAUAUAAACCUUACAAUCCAAAUUUUUAGUCAAUUUUCAUUCGCAAUUUUGUAUACUGUAUUCUUUAAUUCGAUAUCAUGCAAGUUUUUAACUGAAAGUAUAGUUUUUAAUUUUUGUAUUCACAUUUUUUAAAUUCUUUUUAAAUGUUUUAAUAGAUUGCUUGGUCGCUAGGGUCGCCAUUUUGAUUUCAAUAGACAUGGUCAGAGUGGCAUACCCCCCAAAUAGUCUAAAUUCAGUUAUGCACUGAAAGGAAACAAUACUUUACUAGCAAUAAAAGCAAAAAAUUUCACUAAUACUUGUAACCUCACAUGAUGGAGUUUUUUAUACUUAUUCUCACAGUUCCCUGCAAYUUCUUGAAAGAUUAACUGUGCCCUUAGAAUGAUAUGCACAUGUAAAUAAUAUGUAGGACUAGUAAGAAAGGCACAGCUACUAGCAUCUUUCGAUGCUACUGGGAACUUUGAAAGGAAUUGAUUUGCAUGAAUGGGCAUUAAUUUGCAACAAUUAUAAAUACCAAAUGGAGCAAAGAAAACAAUCUUAUAUUCAAACUAAUAUUGUAAAUAAAAUAUUUGAAGUGAAGAUGAAAAAUAGGAAACACAAUUCAUUAACUAAUACACUGUACAGCCUUUUAUUGCCUUCUCCAUCCCUAAGAGAAAGACUCUGAGGUACACAACUUGUUACACUCUAAGCAGAUAAAAAUCAUUUGYCUAAAAUUGGUUGCAUAGUUUUCCAAUGAAGCUUACUGCUACAUUGGCAAAACAAUUUACAUGGAAAAAUUAACARUUAAAAAUAAUUCAAACUA